GGUCAAUCCUCGUGGGUUUCUCUCGCCCGUUCUCUUCCCCAUGAACCCUGCUACCGCUGUUCCGGGCGCCCAGAGGCCGGCAUGUACCCUGGCGGGGUCUGCUGCUACUGCUGCUCCUCCUCCUCCUCCUCCGAGUACUCCUUCGGCCCCACCAGCGCGGACCUUGUUCAGGCAUGUGCACUACGAGAACCUGGUGGCUGGGCUGAGCGGCGGCGUCAUCUCCACGCUGGUGCUGCACCCGCUCGACCUGGUGAAGAUCCGCUUCGCAGUGAAUGAUGGCUUGAAGCUGAGACCAAAAUACAAUGGCAUCCUGCACUGUUUGACCACUGUCUGGAAGCAAGAAGGAUUACGUGGUCUGUACCAAGGCGUGACUCCAAAUGUGUGGGGGGCAGGUGCCUCUUGGGGCCUCUACUUUUACUUCUAUAAUGCCAUUAAAGCCUACAAGACCGAGGAUAAGCUGGAAAGCCUUGGAGCAACUGAACACCUUGUUUCAGCUGCUGAGGCUGGAGCAAUGACCCUGUGUAUAACAAACCCUAUCUGGGUAACCAAGACUCGGCUUGUGUUACAAUAUGAAGCUGGCAUUGACUCGUCAACGAGGCAGUACAGAGGGAUGUUUGAUGCCCUUAUAAAAAUAUACAAGUAUGAAGGUAUACGUGGCUUAUAUAAGGGAUUUGUGCCUGGUCUGUUUGGAACGUCACAUGGAGCACUUCAGUUCAUGGCUUACGAAGAGUUGAAAUCAAAAUAUAAUAGACAUCGAAAUAGACAAUCAGAUUUAAAAUUGAACACUUUAGAAUAUAUCACGAUGGCAGCAUUCUCGAAAAUAUUUGCAGUUUCAGCAACAUACCCCUAUCAGGUUGUGAGGGCACGUCUCCAAGACCAGCACAACAGAUACGCUGGUGUAGUCGAUGUCAUCCGUAGGACAUGGAGGAAAGAAGGAGUUCAUGGAUUUUACAAAGGAAUCAUACCUAAUGUGAUCAGAGUCACUCCUGCAUGCUGCAUUACAUUUGUCGUAUAUGAAAAAGUAUCCCAGCUAUUACUUGGAUUUAAGAAUGGCGUCUAAACAUUGAGAUUCCCUUCGGACAUUAUGAUUCUUCAUUCUGUAGCGUAUCAGAAAUAUCGCACAACUGUCUGGUAUUUGCAGAAAAAGCUGGAGACUAUUAACACCUUUUGUUAUGCUAGAUACAUCUCUUCUAUAUUUCAAUAUGCAGUCAUUGCCUGGAAUAGUAUUGCAUCUGAACCUUAUGACUGAGUGAAUAGAUGCGGCCCAGCAACAACUCAUCUUUUAUUUUGUUUUGAAGUGAAUUGUUCUAUCUAGCCCUGUAAUAUGAAAGGCAGUGGACUCUGAACUGCACAGUGACAGGAGCGUAUGGGGUCAAAAUGUUAAAUGGAAUAAGGAUACAAGCAAAUUGGUUCAAAUACAUUGCAUAUGGGUGUUUAUCUAGGUAUAUAUCCAAUAAAUUGUAUAUUUGUUUAUCUA